AGAAAGAGAAGCAGUCUGUAGAGAGUCCACGCAGACACCAAUACUAGCUACGAAAUCGACUUUAUUUGAAAUAUCUAAAGACAUGAAAAAAUUUACUCCAUUCGACAAAGGCAUCAAGUUAGUGUCAAGACCAGGUGAUCUCGAUGAAUAUGAUGACGACCCGGGUGUUUUAAGGGCUCAGCUGUCUUGUGGUCAUGUCAUAGAUCCAGAAACACUGACUGACUGUUGCAGAGCUCAGCUGAAUGAUGGACAGACUGAAUUCAGAUGUCCGCUGUGCAAGAGAAAAUGGCCAUAUGAUGAAGUGAGAAAACUGGCAAAACUCACAAUUGAUGAGCAGCUGAGUUUUGAGGAAAUGCUUGGGACCAACACUGCUAAGAAGAUAGUGGACUUCAGGGAUUGUCCUGGUUGUGGCACCUUCAUCGAAAGGUCAGAUGAAUCUAAUCUGUGUGUGGAGUGCUCAGUGUGCACAGCAAAAACAGGACGCAUCUUUGAGUUCUGCUGGACGUGUGAGAGAGUGUGGAAAGGGCCUCGACCUCGUGCUGAUCACUGUGGAAAUGUGGGAUGUAGAAGCGCUGACCAGGAACUGCUGAGAGACUGUCCAAUAAUCACUUUAUCAUCAGUUGUAUAUAAGGGGACCGAUGUUCAUGUCCAGUGUCCAGCGAUUCGUGCAUGUCCAGUUUGUGGUGUGUUAAUAGAACAUAAUACAGGAUGUAAAAUAAUGUCUUGUCGUGAAUGUAACAAUCAGUUUUGCUUUGCUUGUUUAAAAUCUGCCCGCAAGUGCUUACAAACAUCAACCCAUUUCAUUUCAUGCUCAGCUGGUGUUGCACCGAGGCAAACUAAUUCUGUACUGUAAGAACAGUCCAACAACAUUGAUAUCAACUACUGUGCUGACUGCCAUAAGACAUACAAAGAUUUCUCUUAAAUAAAAGUAGAAAAAAAUGUCUAUGGGAUAUUCACAUUUGCAUUUAUUAGUUUAGCAGAUACUUUUAUCCAAAGUAACUUCAAAAAUUUUAAAUCACAUGCAUUAUUCAUAACACUUCAUAUUCAAUUUUAAAUGUCAAUUAUAAACUAGAGAGUAGGGGAAAUGCAGAAAUUGUUUAUGACUGUAGACUAGUUAUGUUUUUGUGCAAGUGUUUGCCUUCAGUGUGUGUGUGUGUGUGGGUGUGUGUGUGUGUGUGUCCACUAAUUUGGAUGGAUUAAAUGCGGAGGACACAUUCUGAGUAUGGGUUACUAAUACUUGGACUUCAUAUCACUGAAAUUAAUGAAUUCAUUUUAGAAAGCAAAUAUUUGAUUACAUGUCAUACCUUUUUCUGUGUAUUUUUAAUAAUUU